AUGGGUCUUAUGCUGAAGAAGCCAGAAGGCACUGAGGGAGCGUCCUGGCCCGCUAUCGUUAUAGGUCUCUUUGUCGCCUUUGGAGGCGUUCUUUUCGGUUAUGACACAGGAACCAUCAGCGGCAUCCUCGCCAUGCCCUAUUGGCAGGAGCUCUUCUCCACCGGUUACCGCGACAGCUCUGGGAACCUGAACGUCACCUCCUCCCAAUCUGCCGCUAUCGUCUCGAUCCUUUCUGCGGGUACAUUCUUUGGUGCUCUGGGUGCUGCUCCUAUGGGUGACAUGAUCGGUCGUCGCUGGGGUCUUAUCGCCUCUACGCAUGUCUUCAUCCUGGGGGUCAUUCUACAGACAGCAGCCACUGCGAUUCCCAUCUUUCUUGCAGGUCGUUUCUUCGCUGGUCUUGGUGUCGGCCUGAUCUCUGCGUUGAUCCCCUUGUACCAAUCUGAGACCGCUCCACGCUGGAUCCGUGGCUCCAUCGUUGGUGCCUACCAGCUCUCCAUCACUAUCGGUCUCCUCCUUGCCUCGAUCGUCAACAACUCCACACAGCAUCGCAAUGACACCGGUAGCUAUCGUAUCCCCAUCGCCAUCCAGUUUGCCUGGGCCCUCAUCCUCAUCGGCGGUAUGCUUAUCCUCCCCGAUACCCCCCGCUACAUGGUCAAGAAGGGCGACAUUGAGGGCGCGGCCAGAGCACUUGGCCGCCUCCGCCGCCUACCCGCCGAUAAUCCCGCCGUGCGCGAGGAAUUGGCCGAGAUCGGAGCCAACCACGAGUACGAACUCAGUCUCGGCAAAUCCACCUACCUAGACUGCUUCAAAGGUAACCUGCUCAAGCGACUUCUCACAGGCUGCGGUCUGCAGGCACUGCAGCAGCUCACCGGUAUCAACUUCAUUUUCUACUACGGCACCCAGUUCUUCAAGAACUCCGGCUUCAGCAACUCGUUCACCAUCAGUCUGAUCACUAACUGCGUCAACGUUGGCUCAACCUUCCCCGGUCUCUGGGCGAUCGAAAAAUGGGGCCGUAGGCCUGUUCUCUUCUGGGGUGCGGUAGGUAUGUGUGUGUCGCAGUUCAUCGUUGCCAUUCUGGGUACGACCACGACUGGCCAGGAUGCAGUCGGCAAAAUCGUCGUGCACAACGAGCCCGCACAAAAGGCCGCCAUCGCAUUCAUCUGCACCUAUAUCUUCUUCUUCGCUGCGACCUGGGGUCCCAGCGCUUGGGUCGUCACCGGCGAGAUCUUCCCCCUUAAAAUUCGCGCUAAGUCGCUCUCCAUGACCACCGCUACGAACUGGCUACUCAACUGGGCCAUCGCCUACUCCACCCCGUAUUUGGUUGACUAUGGCCCGGGCAAUGCCAACCUGCAGUCGAAAAUCUUUUUCAUCUGGGGUGGUUGCUGCUUCCUUUGCAUUUCAUUCGUGUACUUCAUGAUCUACGAGACCAAGGGUCUUACCCUGGAGCAGGUGGAUGAGUUGUAUGCGGAGGUGAGCAGUGCCAGACUGAGCAAGAACUGGACUCCUACUAUUACCUUCCGGGAGAUCCAGCAGGAGAAGGCCAAGGAUGCGCAUGUUGAGACUACGUCCCAGAGUGCUUAA